GUUGCUUUUUUGCGUUUCGUAUGGUUCUCGGAUUCUGAUAGUGUUUUGCGGUUGCGAUUAGUGUUGUUUUGUUUUUUUUAGAAACAUUUCACGAUGAUCAUAAUUUAUUUUGCCUCUCGAUCGUGCUUAAUCCGGCUUAAUUGAUGUGCAAAAUAUGAUUCUGGUUUCGAAGCCAAUGUACGAUAUUGAAAUGUUUGUUUUAUUGUUGAUGGUGAAGCAGAUGAAGAAGAACUAAGGAAAAACGGUGCAUGUCGUGAAGGGCUGAAUUGAGUGGGUUUGUGAUUGUGAACUGAAGCUUGUGUUUAUAUACCUGGUUCAUCUGAAAGGCUGUCUGUCAAGCCAUACGCAGUUUACUGUUAGAAGAUUCAACCGAUAGUGUGAAAUAGGUUGUGUUGUUCACAAUACAAAAACAAAUUCUUUGCCGCUUCUCUCACGUUUAAUCGCAUUUGGGAGGCUUAGAGAGCCCCGGUACGGUAGCGGAAACAAUGCACUGCUCGCUGUAAUUCUCACAGCAUUUACCGAACGUCCUAAGGUGCGGGUGAUUUCGUGAUCAGAUAGGCAAGCUCAUCUUCCUCGGGCUGCGGUCGUGCGUGAAAUUGACGAAAAUUAACCAUAAUGACCAUCCAGCAGUCAUCGGGCCAGCUCGCCAUGGUAGGCAUACCGAUCAGUUCUGCUUCGACCGUUCCGCCGUCCACAGGAACUACUACUACUACUAAUACUGGUACUGGUACUGGUACCGGUGGCACAUCUACGUUCAGUUGCUGUCCGGCAAACGGCGAAAGUUCUUCCAUCGGUGAGGAUUCCAUCGAAAUGAGCGACAGUCAGGGAAACAACAAUACGGUUUACCAUAACGGAAUGUUCGAGGGGGACGAUUAUCGUUUUCCCAAGCGACCUCCGGUCGAUAUUGACUUUCGGGACAUCCGGUACACGGUGAAACGGUUCAACGUGACGAAGGUGAAGUUCGAAAGUAAAGACAUACUUCACGGUCUCAAUGGGUCGUUCAGUUCCGGGGAAAUUACCGCAAUUAUGGGUCCAUCGGGAGCUGGAAAAAGCACGCUGCUUAACAUACUGGCCGGUUACGUCUCAUCCGGUGUCAGUGGUCUGGUGCAGGUGAACGGCAAAAACCGAUCGCACAAUUCGCAAAGCUUCAAAAAGCUCUCCUGCUACAUCCAGCAGCACGAUGCGCUGCGUCCGUGGCUCACGGUGAACGAAGCGAUGAGCUGUGCCACCCACCUGAAGCUGGGCUUCAGCAUCAGCUACGAGGAAAAGCAAAAGCUAAUCCAGAAGAUCCUCUUCAUGCUGGGCCUGGAGCAGAAGGGAAGCACCCCGACGGCCGGUCUGUCGGGUGGACAGAAAAAGCGGCUUGCGAUCGCCCUGGAGAUGAUUAGCAAUCCACCGAUUCUGUUCCUGGACGAACCGACCACCGGUCUGGACAGUUCGUCCUGCUCGCAGUGCAUUUCAUUGCUCAAGAGGUUGGCCCAGGACGGGCGGACCAUCGUCUGUACGAUUCACACACCGAGUGCGCUGCUGUUCGAGAUGUUCGAUAAGCUCUACACGGUAACGCAAGGACACUGUUUUUACCAGGGACCGGUACGGGAGCUGCUGCCAUUUUUGUCCGGACUGGGUUACAAUUGUCCCAGUUAUCACAAUCCGGCGGAUUUUAUGAUGGAAAUCGCCGUCGGUGAGUACGGAGCCGACGUGGGGAAAGUGAUCAAGGCUGCACUAAAAAAGUACUACGAAAUGAGCAGUGAGUGCAUUAAGCUCGAUCCCAUCUUUGACGAUAAUGUGAAAACGAUAAGUUACGACCUUUCCACGGUCGACCUGAGGAGCAGCACCGCGGCCACCGGUGGCAAGGCAGAGGAACUGCUGCAACUAAAGGAACAAGCCGCGGCGGCAGAGGGCGGACCCGGAAAUCUAGGGGACUUGUUGGCCGCAGACAACGUGCUCUGUCCGGAGAUCAUCGAUAAUACCGAGCCGGCGUCGCUGGUGAUGCAGUUUUUGCUACUACUUUACCGGAAUCUCCUCCAGCUCAGGCGGAAUUAUUUUCUGCUUUUUAUUCGGGUGUUCGCGCACGCUUCGGUGGCAACCCUGUUCGGUUACAUCUACCAGGGCGUCGGACCGAAUGCCAACCAGGUACUGGCCAACUACGUCUACCUUUACGGUUCGAUGCUGAUGAUGGUCUAUACAGGGAAAAUGGCAGUAGUAUUAUCAUUCCAAGUCGAAAUGGAAUCACUCACAAGGGAACAUUUCAACCGGUGGUACAAACUAGGGCCGUACUUCCUAUCGAUUCUGGUCAUUGAAAUACCAGUACAGAUCGCCUGCUCGAUGAUUUACGUCGUGAUUAGCUACUACCUGACGGGUAAUUACCACACCUUCGAGCGGUUCCUGCUGUUCGCGUUGUUCUGCGUGGCCGGUUCCAUUUCCGCACAGGCCUGGGGAUUCUUCAUCGGAGCCACGCUGUCGGUGAAGCUGGCCGUCUUCAUCGGUCCCAUACUGGCGGUACUGUUCUCCGUAUUUGGCUUUUGCACCCGCUACGUGGACAUCACGCCACUGUUCAAGUGGAUGUGGCACAUCAGCUACUAUCGGGCCAGCUUUCACGGCAUCCUGAACUCCGUCUACGGCAUGAACCGGGAGGAUCUGUACUGUCCGGAAACGCAAAUCUACUGUCACUUCAAGAAUCCGGUUCUAUUCCAGAAGGACAUGGACAUCGAACACGUGGACAUGGAGCAGAACUUCCUGCUGAUCGUGUCGAUUGUGAUCACGAUGUACAUCGGAACCAUCUUCGUGCUGUGGUACAAACUGAACAAGCGGUAACAGGUUUUUAAAGCAGUUCGGCUUAAAUGAAUCGUCCGGAACGAUUACGUAGUGCAAUGUACUUUAAAGUUACCAUUUCGAGUACUGAAGCAACUAAUCCAACUCUCUUCUAGAUAGUUUAAGCCGAUUGAAUUUAAUAUUUUCAAUUAGUCCUCAUCCUACCUUAUCUUCGCCGCUUAUUAGAAAAAUAAGUGCGCGAGUCUCUUACCAUUCGACUUAAACUUUUAACAUUCUGAUAUUUUAUAUUGAAGGAGCGUAGCACCCUUUUUCAGAUGAAGUAUUUCUGCAGAAACUCAGAUCUUAAGUUCAUUGUUCAUUUAAAAGCUAACGUAAUCAUCAAAUCAUUUCAAACAUUCACUUACACUCGGAUGAAACAUUCGCGAGUGUCCAAACAAGCAAAAGCGCAAACGUCUGUGAUUACACGAAAUAGCCCAUUCUGGUAGAUGUAAGCAAAUCAUAUUCAUACACCUUCGUAUUAACUGGUAAGUUCCCACCUGCGCGAGGAAUCUUAAUCCAUCUAUAGAUUUAAGUUUUGUACCACCAGUAGGACCCAGUCGGAAACAGAAGCCAAUCUCUUCUCUUUUUUCGCGCGAAAGGUAAUGUGUGUUACGAAUAAUUUUAUUUAUUAGACAUCAGCGCUGAUUUUCAAUUA